AUGAAGUCACUUCGACAGCGGGAGCGUCCCGCGACGCAGGAACACGAGGUCAACGGGGUUGUCGAGCGGGACAAGAGCUCCCGCGUCCUCGCUGACGGCAAGAAGACGGAAAGGGCCCGGGAAAAGGUGACGCUUCUUGCGUGCGUCCUCGGGGCCGUCGCCAGUCUCGGCGGCUUCAUCUUUGGCUAUGUCAGCGGCCAGAUCUCGGGCUUCUUCCUCAUGGGCGACUAUGCCCGGCGCUUCGGCUCGCUCCAGGCCGACGGCUCGUACACAUUCAGCGCCUCCCGGCAGGGCACCAUCGUCGGUCUGCUCAGCAUCGGCUCCCUGUUUGGCGCCCUCGUUGCCGGCAAGAUGGCCGACACGAUUGGCCGCCGCCUGUCCAUUUCCCUCUCGGCAUUCUUCACCUGCGUCGGCACCGCCAUCGAAAUCUCGUCGUCGACCAGCUGGCCCCAGUUUGCCGCCGGCCGCCUCGUCACCGGCCUGAGCAUCGGCGCCAUGUCCGUCGUCGUGCCCAUGUACCAGUCGGAGAGCGCGCCGGCCGUGAUUCGGGGCGUCAUCAUCUCCUCGUACCAGCUGCUCAUCACCCUGGGCAUCUGGACCGCUGAAAUGGUCAACUGGGGCACCGAGUCGAUGCAGUCGAGCGCUUCGUGGCGCAUCCCCAACGGCCUCUCCUUUGCGUGGGCUCUGAUCCUGGGCACGAGCAUGCUCUUCCUGCCCGAGAGCCCCCGGUAUGCCUACAGCCGCGGCCGGAUCCACGAGGCACGCGUCUCCAUCGCCCGGCUGAGCGGCUUGGCCUCCGACUCGGACAUUGUCAACCGCCAGAUUGCCGACAUCCAGGCCAAGCUCGACGAGGAGAGCGAGUGCGCCGCCGAGUUUAGCUUCGUGGAAAUAUUCACGGGGCCCCGGAUGCUCUACCGCACCGUCCUUGGCGUCGUCCUUUGCGCCGGUCAGCAGCUGAGUGGCGCAAACCUGUUCUUCUACUUUGGCACGACGGUAUUUGCGGCGACGGGCAUCAGCAACAGCUACACGACGCAGGCCAUUCUCGGCUCCGUCAACGUCGUCUGCACCAUUGCCGGCCUGUGGAUCAUCAAGCGCUUCGGCCGUCGCGUCACGCUUAUGGCUGGUGCCGCCUGGAUGAUGGUGUGCUUCUUCGUCUAUGCCUUUGUGGGCCACUUUGCCCUAGACCCUGUCGACCCGAUGCAGACACCCAGGGCCGGCUCUGCCCUCGUCGCCUUUUCGUGCCUUGCGAUUGCCGCCUUUGCCGUCAGCUGGGGCCCGCUGGUGUGGACAGUCAACGCCGAGCUCUACCCGCCGCGGUACAGGGGCACUUGCAUGAGUCUUGCCACAGCCUCCAACUGGUUCUGGAACUUCAUGCUAUCCUUCUUCACUCGCUUCAUCACCGACCAAAUCGACUACCUAUACGGCCUCGUCUUUGCCGUUUGCUGUGCCGCCCUCGUCGUCAUUGUCUUCUUCUUCGUCAUUGAAUCCAAGGACCGCACGCUCGAGGAGAUUGACACCAUGUACGUCCGCCGCGUCAACGCCAUCAAGUCGAGCGACUGGGAGACGAGCGACUAUCGCCGAGAGGAUCGGGCCACCAGCGAGACGGGAAGUGUGAGCGAAGAGGUCAGGGGUCACUGA